UGAGGUAGCCUCCUUUCCUUUCUAUUUCCUCCUUCUGUCACUUCAUCCAUCUUUUUGUCAGGACAGCCUGUCAUCUCAUCCCUCAUGGUUGAGCUGAAGUCUCUACCUUCCGUGGCUUUCUUUAACGAGCCUGGAGACCUGAACACACAAACCUGCACAGAAACGCUCAUUUCUUAUUAUUCCCCAUUCAGAGGAGUCCUCAUCAUCUUGACCCUUCCUUCUGGAUUCUUUGACCUGGAGAUCCAGGCACACACACCUGAUCUGCCAAUGCAGAGAUAAAGACUGUUUGGGUCGGCCUGACCCAGCUGCAUUUGGGAUGGAGUGGGAAGGCCGUGUGGCAAUAUUUUAUGAGGACACAGGACUUUACCCAUAUUUCACUGCACAGGAUCGUCCUGUCAACGGUGGCCUACCACAACACACCAGCCUUGACCUUCACCUCCAGAGGGUGGAGGGCGACCUGACGGCCUCAUUACCCCAAGCAGGAGCACCUGGUUUAGGGGUGCUGCGCUGGCAGGAGUGGACGCCUCAGUGGAACAGGAACAGGGGAAUUAAAACAAAGUAUACUGUGGAGUCGAGGGCACUUCUCCAGAGAUUUUUUCCAGACUGGAGGACAGAGGAAGUGGAGAAAUGGUCACAGGUUGACUUUGAAGCAGCAGCACAGUCCAUUAUGAUGGAAACCCUGCGGGAGGUGAAGAGACUCCGCCCACAAAGAUUAUGGGGCAUGGCCCCAUUUCCUAACUGCUAUAACUUUGACUCCACCCAGAUAGCACUAGCCAAUUACACGGGACGGUGCCCUGCGGCAGAGAUGGCCCUUAAUGAUGAGCUGAUGUGGCUGUGGAAGCGAAGCGGUGCCCUCUAUCCAGCACUCUCACUGGAGAAGCUGCCAGAGGGCACUAAAGGGACGUGGCUUUAUGCAACCAAUCAGAUCAGAGAGUCUUUACGAGUGGCGGCUCUUGCAGGGACUACCUUUGAUCUUCCUGUGUUUCCACUGAUCAAGAUUGUGUACAGCUCUUCUAACUCCUUUCUCUCAGAGAUUGAUCUGGUGAACACAAUUGGAGAGAGUGCUGCUAUGGGAGCAUCUGGAGUCAUAAUAUGGGAAAAAUCCUUAGCAGUUAAAACACAGAAAUCCUGUUCAGAGUUCGGCUCGUAUGUUCGUCAGGUUCUUGGCCCAUAUGCUGUCAAUGUGACGACUGCAGCACAUCUCUGUGGAGUCUCAUUGUGUCAGGGCCGUGGACGCUGUGUGCGUAAGAAACCUGAGGACCCCACAUUCCUGCAUCUUCCUUCAGCCCACUUUAUGCUUCUCCCAAACGGGGCAGAAGGUGUCCGGGCCACAGGAGAGCUUCCCACUGCUUACAUAGAUCUCUGGAAGAAGGACUUCCGCUGCCAGUGGUUCGAAGCCUUGGAGGGUGCAGCAGCGGAGGGUUUUUCCUGUGAUAAUCACUUGCAGACAAUUACAAAACAGUUAAACAAAUGA